CUCAAAGUCUCAACAAACACACCACACUAGCCCCACCUGCUCAACAACGUAUAGCCUUUUUUACAUUUUCAGCGAACAGAUUGAAGCCAAGUGUGGGAAAUGACUACAAAGACUUGCCUCGUCUUCCUCCUCUCUUUUCUAAUCAUCACAAACAUCGCCUUAGCGCAAGGCCGAGCUCCUCACGGAUUGGUUUAUGAGACCCCAGUGGCGUUUUCACCUUCUGCAUUUGACUUCUUCCACGCACAACCAGAAAACCCUGAUGUUACCACUUUAGACCCUUGCGCUGAAUCCAGCUGCUCGCCUCUCCCCGUGGCUGCGAAGGUUCAGGGAGCUUCUGCAAAAGAACAGCAAAGCGAGAUAGCAACAAUGUCCAUUGGUUCCAGAAGCGGAAUGGGAGCUGGUGGUGCGGUCAUGAUCAUCUUUGGACUUGUGUUUCCUAUGCUGAUGUGAACUAUUACAACUCAAUCCAACCUAGUGUUUUUGAGCUGAUAUUAUGAUAGAGCAAUAUAGCUAGAGUUCGAGUUGAAAAUGUGUGUGUUUUUUUUACUUCACUCUUGUAUCUAAAUUUCCAUAUGAAGUGGUUUAAAGCAGAGUAUAUGACUAUUUACCAUCA